UCCAUCUUUUCUCUCUCGAUUUGUAAGCAUUUCUUACGAGGAUCACGUCAUCAUAUUCCGACAACUUGCAACAGCUUCCCGACAAACCAUUCACUCUUAAGGGCAGCUUUGGAUCUACACAGAAGGGAACAAAGCAAUAACUUUUGUUUUUCGAGAGUGGGUUUUGAAUUCUAGAGGCAAUGAGGCAUUUUUCCUCAUGUUCAAUGAAUUAGCGAAAUCUUUUCCGAUGCGAAGAGGGAGGAAUCCAGGCAAUGGCGAUGACGGAGGACAAGCUGUCGAGACGACGGUGAAGGAUGCAAAGAAGAAUGAUAUGAUUCUAAAGUCUUCUGGUUUUGUAAAAGCUGAAGGUUCUUACAAUUUGGCCUCGGUUUUCUCCAAGAGAGGCAGAAAAGGAGUGAACCAGGAUUGUGCUAUUGUAUGGGAGGAAUUUGGAUGUCAACCAGACAUGUUGUUUUGUGGGGUAUUUGAUGGCCAUGGUCCAUGGGGUCAUUUCGUUGCGAAAAAGGUUCGAGAGUCGAUGCCUUCGUCCUUGCUCCGCAAUUGGCAAGACACUCUAGCUGGGGUGUCACUUGAUCCGGAUAUGGAUUUGGAAUCCAAUAAAAAGCAUCAGAGAUUUCACAUAUGGAAGCAUUCUUAUCUAAAGACUUGUGCUGCUGUCGAUCAUGAGCUCGAGCAAUGUCGGAAGAUCGAUUCCUUCCACAGUGGAACAACUGCCUUGACAAUUGUCAGACAGGGGGACAUCAUAUAUGUAGCCAACAUUGGCGAUUCUCGGGCUGUUUUGGCUACAAAUUCAGAUGAUGGAACCUUGGUUCCCGUUCAGCUCACCAUUGAUUUCAAGGCCAAUUUACCCCUGGAGGCUGAGCGGAUAAUUCAGUGCAAAGGUCGCGUUUUCUGCUUGGACGAUGAGCCAGGGGUGCAUAGAGUUUGGCUGCCUAACAAGGAGUCACCGGGACUGGCAAUGUCUAGAGCUUUUGGUGAUUACUGCAUUAAGGAUUACGGUCUCAUUUCCGUUCCCGAAGUCACACAGAGACACAUAACCAACAAAGACCAGUUCGUCAUGCUCGCCACCGAUGGGGUAUGGGAUGUAGUUUCGAACGAGCAAGCAGUUCAGGUAGUAUCUUCAACACAGGAUAAGGCAAAUGCGGCAAAGCGGCUGGUCGAGUUUUCGGCUCGAGCUUGGAAGAAGAAGAGGAAAGGGAUUGCAAUGGAUGAUAUUUCAGCCAUAUGCCUAUUCUUCCAUUCAUGCAGCUUAUCUCAACAUGAAGUUAAUCUUGUUACAACUUUGAAAUCGUAGUUAAAUGAGCCAAGGUGAAUGCUUUUAAAGUUAUUCCAACAUAUUAUAUUUCUUAGUUGAUGAAAAAGUAUUCAUUUCAUGGCUA